ACAACCACCAAUGGCACGACUGUCCAUCGACAUUGAGAGGGGAGUAGGCGUACAGAAGCCUGGCUUGACCGGCAACUCAGCUAGCGCGACGCCUGCCCUCUCAAUCCUACGCCGGCGAAAGGGCAUCGUCCUCAUCCUCGCCAUCUCGCUCACCCUUAUCCUCUUCCUCAAUGCAUCGACGCUGUCAGCAACGACGUCGUCGUCGUUUCGAUGGAUGAAGGAUUCGAUGAGCCCGCCAACCAGCAAUGCCGCCGUCACUUCACCAUCUCCCUCGCCGUGGUCACCACCGCCGCCGCAAGCGAAGCCUUUGCCAGAAGGCCCUCUGCCCAACGCACAUGGCCUCGACGUUGCUCAAGCUGCGGCCAUCGAGCAGGCCCACGCUCUCGCAGGCGGCUCAUUGCCGGGCUCUGGCACGGAUGCCCUGCGCAAGUUUGCCGCAGAAAAGGGACUACCAGCCGAUGCCCUGAAGUCGGUGGUCAUUGACCCCAACGCCAAGCCAUCCCAUGCGGAACAAGUCCUCGUCUUCCUCCAAGCGCUCAGCAACCCGACAUACUCGGUACCAUCGAGUGAGAGCGAAUGGCGCAAGCAGCUGCUGCCAGAGACUGCCGACGACUUGAGACGGACAUUGAGCCAAGUCGAGCUCGAUGGAGGAAAGGCGGAUCUCGAGCUGUUCAAGACGAGUCGCCCACGAUGGGGUUUGCUCCACCAAUCUCGUCACCCACUCACCGUCUUCAGCAAGUCCUACUGCCCUUUCUCCAAGCGCGCAAAGCAGCUCCUCAACUCAAUGGGUGCAACGUACACCGUCUACGAGGUCGACUUGCGAGAUGAUGCCCACUCCCUGCAAGCUGCUCUAGCUGCCAUCUCUGGCCACCGCACCUUCCCCACCGUCUUUGCCCGCGAUCAGCUCCUUGGAGGCAGCGACGACUUGGCUAACCUCGAUCGACUCAAGAUCUUGCCUGGUCUUCUCAAGGGUGCUGGCGCCUUGUGAUCGCGGCGAGAUGCCGCCG